CCUCCUUCCUCCUUCCUCCUCUCCCAUUCAACCGCCCCGAGAUCGCGCACGCCGCCGCCGCACCGCCGCCGCUGCACCACCGCCGAUCGGAUUCCCGAAGAUGAACCCGCGCGACUCCUCCUCUUCUUCUCCGAGCGAUCGCAGGCUGAGCGCGCUCGCUCGCCACCUGAGCUCCCCCUCCGCCGGCGGCGUCGGCGGCGGCGUCUCUCGCUCCCUCGCUUCCUCGUCCUCCUUCGCCCGCGGCGACUCCGUCUUCAGCCACGUCGCUCGCGCUCCUGAAGAUCCUAUUCUCGGCGUGACUGUUGCAUUCAACAAAGAUCCAAGUCCUGUAAAGUUGAAUUUGGGUGUUGGUGCUUAUCGUACAGAGGAAGGAAAACCUCUUGUUCUGAAUGUUGUGAGACAGGCUGAACAGCAGCUUAUAAAUGACAGGGCACGUGUUAAGGAAUAUCUUCCAAUUGUUGGAUUGGUAGAAUUUAACAAAUUGAGUGCCAAGCUUAUUUUUGGUGCUGACAGCCCUGCUAUUCUCGAGAACAGGGUCACAACAGUGCAAUGCCUGUCAGGCACUGGCUCACUAAGAGUUGGGGGUGAAUUUUUGGCAAGGCAUUAUCAUCAGCACACAAUAUACAUACCCAAACCAACCUGGGGGAACCACCCGAAAGUUUUCACUCUGGCUGGGUUAUCUGUGAAAUACUAUCGUUAUUAUGAUCCUGCCACUCGUGGACUGGACUUCCAAGGGCUGCUAGAAGACCUUGGUUCAGCUCCAUUGGGAGCUGUUGUCCUUCUUCAUGCAUGUGCUCACAAUCCAACUGGUGUUGAUCCGACUAUUCAGCAGUGGGAGCAGAUCAGGCAGUUGAUACGAUCGAGAAGACAGCUACCUUUCUUUGAUAGUGCUUAUCAGGGUUUUGCGAGUGGAAAUCUGGAUGCAGAUGCUCAGUCUAUUCGUUCAUUUGUGGCUGAUGGUGGUGAAUGCCUUGUAGCGCAAAGUUAUGCAAAGAAUAUGGGGCUCUAUGGUGAGCGUGUUGGAGCCCUGAGCAUUGUCUGCAGGACGGCUGAUGUGGCCGGUAGGGUAGAGAGUCAGCUAAAGCUCGUGAUAAGGCCUAUGUAUUCAAACCCACCAAUUCAUGGAGCAUCUAUUGUGGCUGCCAUCCUCAGAGACAGGGAGAUGUACAAUGAAUGGACUAUAGAAUUGAAAGCAAUGGCUGAUCGUAUUAUCAGUAUGCGCCAUCAGCUUUUUGAUGCCUUGCGUGCGAGAGGCACACCUGGUGAUUGGAGCCACAUUAUCAAGCAGAUUGGAAUGUUCACUUUCACGGGGUUGAACUCGCAGCAAGUUGCUUUCAUGACAAAGGAGUAUCAUAUCUACAUGACUUCUGAUGGGAGAAUUAGCAUGGCUGGACUGAGCUCUAAGACAGUCCCUCAUCUUGCGGAUGCUAUACAUGCGGCCGUCGCUCGUGCUGUUUAGAAAAUGUCAGCGUGUUACCUCCAUUUCUCCGUCCCGCUCUAGUUAUUAAUUUCCCCAUGGUUAUGUUGUAAUAAUUAUUGCCUCAAUGUAUUUAGGCCCUUUUUAUUUAUUCAUUAAUUUUGGUAGAAUAAACGGGGAGUCUUUCUUCUGCAUGGUUAUGUAAUAAUUGGGGAGCACGUAUCCCUCUGUCAUUCCAAAUUUUGCCUCAAGUUGAGAAGUGGUAAA